UUGCUCUUUCACACUCAUCUUACAGAUCUCUACGAUAAUGCACUAAGAGUGAUAAGACAACGACGCAGUCGAUGGAAGAAGGAAAGAAAACGGAAAAGUCUCAGACGAAGUCAGCAGCUACCAUCAUCUUCGUCCUCUUCACCAUCAUCUCCUAACACUCGAUUGCCGCCAGCUAAGCAUGAUGACGACGUGGCACAAUCUGAAACGUUCAUGCAGGAUAUAUUCGCGCAAAUGCAGAAUAAAAUGAGUGAGAACAGUACAUGUUCAUCGGAGAAACCAUUUGUUUACCUUAUUAAAGACCAAAGCUCUCGUAUUACUAUAGAAAACGUUGAGUUCGAAGAUGCAGACGAGACAGGAAAUGACUUCGAGGAUGAUGAAAAUGCAGAGCAAGAAAAACAAUCUAUUGCGACACAGACAUUCAAGGGAAAAGAAGUUACAAUCAAUGAUCUAGCUAAUGCAAUUUUGAAGAACAUGGAAAAAGGUGCAUGUGAAAAAGAAGGAUUUUGUAUUAAAUUCAAAAAAGACGAUGUGGUAAACGCAAUCAAACAAGUGCAACAAUACAUAUCAGAAGAGCUAAACCUCGGCCCUGCUGAGUUUGUCAGCAUUAGACUUCGUCCCACAACUUCGUCUGCACAUCUGGUAUUCAAUGCACUUGACAAGCAAGCGGACAGCGCUCAUAAUGCUCGAAAAGUACGUUUAAAAGGAACUUUAGAAAUUCAUCCUACUGAUGAGAAAACAGUGGCGUCCUCUGAAAGGAAAAACAGUGGGAUUUUGACAUAUGAUGGAAAAGAAGUAACAGUAGAGGUCGUAGUGAAGGCCAUAGCCCGAUUGAUACUCAAAAUAUAUGGAAAAAGACCACCUUUCAAAAUUUCCAGAAAAGAACUUACAGUUUUUAUUGCACGAAAAAAGACUAAAUUACAAAGAAUUCUUAAUCUGGAACCUUUAAACGAUGAGAUGGAAAUUGUUUCAAAACGUAAAAGUUGUCGCAAAACUACAGUGGGAAUUCCUAGCAGCGAGGAAACCAAGUACGGCACCUACGCAUCUUGA